AUGGAUGACAUCAACGACCUCUUUUUCUCCGCCCCUGCCGACGACCACCGUAAUCACAGUCACGAUGCCGCCGCCGCCGCCGCCACCGAUUCCUUCUCCUCCUACUCUUCCCCCAAAAUCUUCGACCGAUACUUCUCCUCCUCUUCCGACGACGAGGACGAGUCACGGCCGUCCAAUUCCUCCUCUAUGGAAGCUACCACCAAGCGCCUCGAUUACAUGAUUCAGUUCCUUGAUCGCAAGCUCUCUUCCAGCGACGAAGUUCACAGCCUCCACAAUUCACUCCCGCGCGACCUCAACCCGACCACCAGCAACAACAACCACCAAUCGUCUACCUCAUCGUCGUCAGCGGCGCUGCCGGAGUUCUGCGGCAGAGGAGGCGGCACCGGAAUUUUCAGGCUCCCAGUCCGAGCCGCACUUCAUCCGUCCCGUCCUCCUAGUCUUGAAGUUCGGCCGCAUCCUCUUAGGGAAUCUCAAAUUGGAUGCUCCUUGCGGAACAUUGUCACCUCCAGCUCUCAGCUGUGGGCGGGGAAGGAAGAUGGGGCGCUCCAGGUCUGGCAGUUCCGCGAUUUUUAUGGAGGGACUGAGGAUACUGCGCCGUGCCAGGAGUCUGCGGUGACGGGAUCUGGGGUUGUUUGUUUGGUCGCCGACGAGGGGAGUCGGGUGAUAUGGAGUGGGCACAAGGAUGGGAGGAUCAAGUGCUGGAAAAUGGAUCUCGUUUCCAAUGGUUUCAAGGAAUGCCUGUCGUGGAUUGCUCACAGAGGGCCUAUUCUCUCCAUGGUCAUUACUUGCUACGGUGACUUAUGGUCAGGUUCUGAGGGCGGUGCUAUCAAGAUAUGGCCAUGGGAAGCGAUUGAAAAAUCAUUUUCCUUCACACCAGAAGCAAGGCAUGUGGCUGCAUUGGCGGUGGAGAGAUCAUAUAUUGACCUGCUGGGCCAAGUAAACCUGAAUGGCUCGUCGAAUGCAUUAACUUCUGAUGUCAAAUACUUGCUAUCCGACAAUUCUAGAGCGAAAGUGUGGAGUGCUAGUUAUCUGUCGUUUGCUCUAUGGGAUGCUCAUACAAGAGAGUUGCUUAAAUUGUUCAAUACAGAUGGCCAGUUAGAGAGAAUGGAUAUGCUACCAGGACAGGAUUUUAUUGUUGAGGAAGAUAUCAAGAUGAAAAUUGUAGCUGGUUCCAAGAAAGAGAAGGUACAAAGCUCAUUUGGUUUCUUCCAGCGUUCUAGGAAUGCGAUAACUGAUGCUGUUCGUCGAGUUGCUGCAAAAGGUGGAUUUGCAGACGAUCGCAGAACUGAGGCACUAACGAUGACGGUAGAUGGAAUGAUCUGGACUGGCUGUACAAAUGGCUUAGUUGUGCAGUGGGAUGGGAAUGGAAAUCGGUUACAGGAUUUUCAGUACCAUUUUAGUGCUGUUCAAUGCUUUUGUGCAUUUGGGUCACGAUUAUGGGUAGGCUAUGUUAGUGGUGUGAUCGAGGUUCUGGACCUUGAGGGUAAUCUACUUGGAGAGUGGGUAGCUCACAGUAGUUCGGUGAUUAAAAUGGCUGUUGGUGCUGGUUAUAUUUUCUCUUUGGCUAAUCAUGGUGGCAUCCGCGGAUGGAAUGUUAUGGCUCCUGGACCUCUUGACAGUAUACUGCGAUCAGAAUUGGCAGGAAAAGAAUUCUUAUAUACAAGGAUAGAGAAUUUGAAAAUUUUGACUGGUACAUGGAAUGUAGCAGAAGGAAGAGCUACCCGUGACUCACUUGUUUCAUGGCUAGGUUGUGCAGCUGGGGAUGCUGGGAUAGUUGUUGUUGGGUUGCAAGAGGUUGAAAUGGGAGCAGGAGCCCUUGCAAUGUCUGCAGCAAAAGAAACCGUAGGACUUGAAGGUAGCUCUGUUGGGCAGUGGUGGUUAGAUAUGAUAGACAAAGUAUUGGAUGAAGGGUCAACAUUUGAACGCGUUGGUAAUAGGCAGCUCGCAGGCUUGCUUAUCUCUGUAUGGGUUAGAAGUAAUCUUAAACCUCAUGUUGGAGAUGUUGAUGCUGCCGCUGUCCCAUGUGGAUUUGGGCGUGCAAUUGGUAAUAAGGGAGCUGUCGGUUUGAGGAUUAGAGUUUUUGAUCGGAUCAUGUGUUUUGUAAAUUGUCACUUUGCUGCACAUCUAGAUGCUGUAGGGCGUCGUAAUGCUGACUUUAACCAUGUUUAUCGGACGAUGUCAUUUGGCCGGCCAUCUAACCUCUUCAACGCUACAGCAGCUGUUGGUACUUCAUCUGCUGCCCAAAUGCUUCGUGGUGCAAAUGUUGUCAAUGCCAACUCUUCAGAACCAAUCCCGGAGCUAUCUGAGGCAGAUAUGGUUGUCUUUCUUGGCGAUUUUAACUAUCGGUUGGAUGGUAUUUCUUAUGAUGAAGCAAGGGAUUUUAUUUCUCAAAGGUCUUUUGAUUGGCUUAAAGAAAGGGAUCAGCUACGAGCAGAAAUGGAAGCUGGGAAUAUCUUCCAGGGAAUGCGUGAAGCAGUCAUUAGAUUUCCCCCUACAUACAAGUUUGAAAAGCACCAGCCUGGUUUAGCAGGAUAUGACUCUGGUGAAAAGAAGCGGAUCCCUGCUUGGUGUGACAGAAUACUAUUCCGUGACAACCGGUCAGCUGGAGUGUCUGAAUGCAGCUUGGAGUGCCCUGUUGUCUGUUUUGUAUCACAGUAUGAUGCUUGCAUGGAUGUGACAGACAGUGAUCACAAGCCUGUACGUUGCAUCUUUAGUGUUGAUGUUGCUCGAGUGGAUGAGUCGGUGAGAAGGCAAGAACUUGGAGACAUUAUGAGCUCAAGUGUGGAAAUCCGAUCAAUUCUCAAACAGCUAUGCAAGAUCCCAGAAGCAAUUGUCAGCACAAAUAACAUAAUCCUGCAAAAUCAGGACAGAACCAUUUUGCGGAUAACAAACAAAUCCAACCAACUUGACGCUCUGUAUGAAAUCAUAUGCGAGGGAGAGGCCACAGUUGACGAGGAAGGACAAGCUCGGGAUCAUCGUCCAAGAGGUUCUUUUGGGUUCCCUCAGUGGCUUCAGGUUUCCCCAGCAUCAGGACUAAUUAAACCGGGAAGCAUUGCCGAGGUGUGGGUCCAUCACGAAAACUUCCCCACGGUAGAGGAGUUUGUGGAUGGCGUCCCUCAAAACUCGUGGUGUGAAGACGCCAGAGACAAGGAAGUCAUCUUGGUCGUCCAAAUAAGAGGCACUUACAGCACGACGGAGACGAGAACACAUCGGAUUCGUGUGCGCCAUUGUUGUUCUGGCCAAGCAUCACGAGGUGCGCGAAAUGUCGAUAAACCGGCACCGUCGGGGAGUCUUCUCCAUCGGGCUGAUUAUCAAAAUCUCAGCAGUUCGUACGAUGUGGUCAACCACCUUCGGAAGUUGAAUAGUCCGUAG